GCGGUGGCGGCGGCGGCGGCAGCGCGGGCAGAGGUGCGGUGCUUGGCCACCGAGCGCGCCAACGCGGUCCCCGCCGGAGCCGCGGCGUCCCACUGUGCGGCUCUCACCCUUCUCCCGGACCUCGCAUCCCACCGGCCCCAGGAUGGGCGCGCGCUCUUCGGGCGGACCCCGGGCCCAGGCUGGGUUCCUGCUGCUGCUGCUGUUCGGGCUGCUGGCCCCGGGCGUGCAAGGGGCACGGGGCCGCGGCGGCACCGAGAAGAACAGCUACCGCCGCACGGUCAACACCUUCUCGCAGAGCGUCAGCAGCCUGUUCGGCGAGGACAACGUGCGCGCCGCUCAGAAGUUCCUGACGAGGCUGACCGAGAGGUUCGUGCUGGGAGUGGACAUGUUUGUGGAAACCCUGUGGAAAGUUUGGGCAGAGCUCUUGGACGUCCUUGGACUUGACGUCUCGAACCUGUCCCAGUACUUCAAUCCAAGCUCGGUGGCCAACAGCCCCACACGUGCCCUCCUGCUGGUGGGCGUCGUCCUCCUGGCCUACUGGUUCUUGUCUCUGACCCUGGGCUUCACCUUCAGCGUCCUGCACGUGGUGUUCGGCCGCUUCUUCUGGGUGGUGCGGGUCAUCCUGUUCUCCAUGUCGUGCGUGUACAUCUUGCACAAGUACGAGGGUGAGCCCGAGAACGCCGUGCUGCCGCUGUGCUUCGUGGUGGCCGUCUACUUCAUGACCGGGCCCAUGGGCUUCUACUGGCGCAGCAGCCCCAGUGGCCCCAGCGUGGAGGAGAAGCUGGAACAGCUGGAGAACCAGGUCAGACUGCUCAACAUCCGUCUCAACCGAGUGCUGGAGAGUCUUGACCGCUCCAACGGCAAGUGACAACCAGCCAGCCGGCCGGGUCCCCUCCUCCCAGUGCCCUCUCUCCGGAAGCAAAAAAGAAGAAGAAAAAAAAGAACGCCAAACCCCAAACAAUCUUAAUAAACAUGUCUGAGCAGGAGAGUGGCGCUUUGCGAGGGUGUUUCCAGCCACGUGUCAACUCUUAGGACAUCUUCCGAGAAGAAUGGGACAAGAUCGUUGGUGUAGAACUACCCACCAAGUGUCAUUAGUGGAAAAAAAUCUUUUUUAAACAAAGGAUAUAACCAUAUUAGCUGUACAGGAAGAGAAGUUUAUCUGUGCAUAGAGCAUAAAGUUAAUUUUUUCAAGCAUUUAAAUACACCUUUUGUAAGGUUUUUUAACACAGGCAGAUGGAGUUAAGUUUUAAUAAACUUAAAACUUUACAUGGAGGGGAAGAAAUUGCUAAUUCGACCUUUUGGAAGAGUUUCAAGGCAAGCAUUUGUUUUUGCAGCGUAGGGAUUGGUGGGUGAGGUCUAUGUGCAUUCUUUUCAGGUUCCAAAGCUGUGACCUUCGUUUCACGUUGUUUUUCGUUGAUGUCAAUUUCAUGAAUGUUGUCACUUCUGAAUGUGGGCCAUUGGGUUUCAAGGAUGAAACUAAACAUCUUUGGGAUCCUAGUGACCCCAGCCAAGCCCCCUUCAAUCCUAUUUCUAAAUGAAGACAUCACUAUUUGUAGAAAACCUAAGAUUUUUUUCCCCCUUCUAUACUUUGAUGUAUCUUAACCUCAACAUUUUGUAAAGGGAAAUUCAAGGACCGGGCAAAGAAAUGUCUUUGGGGUUUGAUGCCGGGAGCCGCCUGGGUAAACUCAUUCAGGACUCUAUUUGAUGUCCUAAUUUCGCCAUUUGCCAGCUAGGUUGAUACAGGAAAGAUACACUCUCUGGGCUUUUUUGAUUAUCUGUUUCAUCUCGGUUUUGGGUGACUCAGGACCUUAGAAGGAAAACCAAUAGCAGCUAAUAACAUUUUCGAGUCUGUUGCUGCUUAUAACGCAUUCUCAGGAACAGUAAGCAGGAAUAAGCCAGACUUGGAGAAGAUCUGAAUUAUUUUUCCUGAAAUUUUUACGGUACAUGUGUUAGGUGCUUUUUGCCUGGAGUCUGGGGUGACCUCAUUUUUAGCUGGUCCCUCAGGGCAGAGAGAGGUAUGUGCAGGGCAGACAGCUGUGGGGUCCUGGACAAAGGGGGCUUUGCAAGGCUUGGAUCAGGGGCUAGUGGAGAUACCCCUUUCUGGCUACCAACAAGCACAGGAGAGCAAGGAAAGGAUGCUGCCGGGGGUUGUGACUGUCUUUCCCUGCCUACCUGCGUCGUGCCCUGGCAGCCCCCUCACAGGAGCCCCUCUACGCAGGUUUGCAGAGACCCCUGUCAGAUCAGGUAGGACCAAGACCUUUUGGUCCAGGUAUCAUUUGGGGGAAAACUCAGCUGCCUGCCAACUCCUCCUGUGCCGCCCUUCUGUGACGUUUUACUUGGGGUUACAAGUACCUGGAAAACGGAAGCAAAUGUUUUCUGAGGAUGUUUAUGAAACUUCCGUUAUUAAGGUGCACGAUAACGGGACCCAAACUCCUGCAUUCAGUUCGCUUCCUGAAACGCAUGUUCUCUAGAAUUUGCUUGGGCAGAUCUUUACCCAUGGGCAUUUGACCCCGGUGUUUUUUGCAUUGGAACCGUUCCAGUUUUGUCAGUUAGAUAUUUACGGACAAAUCUAUUUUAGCGCAGGGUGUGAAGAACUCCAGGGAGGUCAUCUUUGCCCUCCUUCCUUUUGUGCAUUUAGCUUCUGUGUAUCUGGCAUAUUUAGGUAUUUGCUCCUGUUAGCCAGAAGGGAAAUUGACAUUCUCUGCGCAAAACUUUUAAGUCUUAAAUUACGGGUCUGGGUCUAACAUCCACUCUGUUCUCUCACCCACCCUCACACAUGGAAACCUGCUGGGCACUGUGCUGUACCGAGAUCCAGGCAGGAAAACCAUUUUAACUUCUAGUAGAUCGAGGGAGGCUCACGUGUCUAGGUGCUGGUGGACUCAGGCCACAGCAUCAACUGGAGAUUGCCGUCGAGAAUAUGCACCUUGUUUUCCAGAUUGGCUAAGUGUAGGCUGUGAAGCCAGUUUUAUAGCUCAGUACACUCAAAGGGAUGGAAUGAUGUCUUUAUUUUUAACAAAAGUUAAAUAGUUAAUCAGUUCACUAGAGGUAUCACUUCAGGGUAGAACAGUCCUUGAAAUUCUGAUAGAAAUCAUGGAUGUUCGAUCUGAAUAACGCCUGCUUUUUAAUGCGUAAAUUUGACUUUUGCUUGGGUGUGUUCUUAACCCCAAAUAAUUUGGGUUUUUUAUUUUUUUUGCUUUCUCCAUUCCAUGGAAGCUUGUAGGGUAAGCUUCCUUCCUCAUCUCUUCCUUUUUUCUCUCUUUUGUACAUGGAGAAAUGUAUUUUUGUACCAUAUCUCAUACCUUGAAGAGAAACCUUUUGUAUAUCUUCAGGGCUGUAGUAUAUAUUAGUGUAACACAUCCUUCAACGUGGUAUGUAAACAUCCUGACGAAAACUACUGUGGAUCUCUGUUUUAGUUAAGACUCAGUUUUUUAGAUACCUUCAAGUCAUCAAUGUUAAUUGCCCAGUGCUUCAGUAUCACAGUAAAUACCGAGAACAGAAAAUAGUCCAGAAGAGAAAAAGGACCAGCUACCUCCAGAUUGCUGGAUUUCUGUGGGUGUUUGGGGAUAAUAUUUGGAGCAAUCUCUUCCUUGACAUCCUAGCAAAGAUGCUUUCCUGGCACAUCAGCCUUCUGUAAAUAUAUUUUCCAGUACCAAUCCGCGUUACCUGCCUUCCGGGUUUUUUGGUUUGCUCGUUUUUGUUUUUGUACCCCACAUCAUUUCUGGUAACAAAGUGCAGCAACAGAAUUUCCUGAAAGCUAGCCUUGUGACUUAUGCCAGGGGUCUUAACUUAUGAAGGUGACCGAGUGACAGCACCGAGAGAGGUUAGUGCCGUUGAAAGAAGGCUUUUAAUACCCACAGGUUCCUGGAGACAACAAGCAUACCAUGCCACGUGGGACCACAGGAAGCCUGAUACGCGCAGGGUCAGGAAGCAGACGGAGGGGAACUGGGUCUGUGCUCUUCUGACUGUGGUGGGAAGUAGCUAGCUGGGGACAUCACCUGUUGGAACUAAGGGUGAACAUGUAGGAUGGGGUCGGUGCUUGGGAGGGUUAUAAUAGGACUUUUGCACACCCACGAGGGCUGGCUUGCAGGAAAGAUGCAAAUCACUUUGGUCGUUAGUCUGGCCCUGUGAUUCAGCAGCCUUCUGGUUAGGAAUAACAUGUCAGAUGUCCAGUGCAGAAUCUGAAACAUGGCGAAGACACCUUCUCACUAGUGGGAAUCCCACUUUACUUCAUCUCCGUGCUUCCGGCUGCUUCUUAAGAUGCUUUUGAGGAAUGAUACCUGCCUUACAACGUGACACCUGAGCACUUCUCCCUGAUGGGUUUUGAAUUGGCUGAUGUAAUCCGAAAACCAGCUCUCCCAUCCAGCCAGCUCACUUUAAAAGGAAUGCCUGGGACUUCCCUGGCGGUCCAGUGGUUAGGACUCGGUGCUCUCACUGCCGUGGCCCGGGUUCCAUCCCUGGUUGGGGAACUAAGAUCCUGCGAGCUGCUCGGCGCGGCCAAAGAAAAUUAAAAAUAAAAGGAAUUCUUUAAGGUCCUAAAGGUGUCAACCUGCUCCCUCAGCUUUUUAAAAUAAGACAUCAUCAUUUUUGUUUAUGGCCAUUUGAGUCGUUGAACCUUCCCUCCUCACUUGUGAAUAAGAGAAGUAUAUAUUUUCGCAGGAGCUAAUACAGUACCCUUAAAAUUAGUAUUGGAUGACCAGCAAUAUGAUAUAUAGUAUCGGGGAUGAACAGACCUUGUCCAGCGUACUCGAUUCUGUGCUCUGCUCUUCAUUGAUUCCUUGAUAGGUAGGAGGUACCCCAGGACCAGUUUUUCCCUGGUGGUGGCGUAAAAAGCCGAUCGUCCUUUGCACCGUCUACUGAAGAUCUGCGGCAGCUAAUGUUAUUAUGAACCAUAUGUUCUAAUGUCUUUUUGCAUACUUAAAGGUUUUAUUGUAGUGUCAGUUUAAUAUCCGCAUGUGUGUUAAAUCUUUGAAUACUGUAAUUAACUUGAUUUCUUGUGGUGGUGAUUAGCUCUCACUUAAAAUCCAGCGAAGCAAUUAUUUCCCUCUUAACUGGAAAUCACAUUUGUGAGGUAUGGUGCCCAUCAUCCACAGCGUAUUCAUGAGUCAAAUUUGUAUUUUGUGUAUCUGGUUAUAAAUUUUACGUAGCAUUUAAUUUGAUACUAUAAAUCCACUUGAUUUGAAUAUAGUGGUGUGUGUGUGUGCGUAUGUGGCGUGUGCGCACUUUAGUUUCAUGAGCCUUGGGAAACUGAUUCUACAAAUAUCAUAAAUAGACAUAAAUGUAUAAGGCUUAUUUUUUUGGCAGAGCGAUCCGUACAUCCCUCUUAUUUAUUAAAUCACUGGCUUUGGUGUUAUGUAGAGAUAUUUGUAGACUGAUUUCAGAACAGAAUUAAAAUAUUGUGAAAAUUACAGCUUAAUAAAUGUUUAUGGUAAUUUUGUUGUACAGAC